AUGUUCGACAGUUUCAAGCACACCUUCAGUCAAACCAAGUACGUCGCCCACCGGGAGGCGUGCGGGUUGCACGUGAUUGAUGAGGUGAAGCGCUUCCGUGCACUGGUGUGUGUGCUGUUCUGCAGCAUCUGCGUCUCGCUUGUGUUCGCCUUCGACCUCUUCAGUGAUGAGUUCCAAACCCGCUUCCAUCUCUCCGAUGGUGAUCUCUCCACGAUAAGCACGGUCGGUGUGGUGUUCUGCUACUUUGUCAUUCCGUACGGUGUGCUGUACGAUCAUAUCGGCCCCCUGCCACUGCUUGUGAUUGCCGGUAUGAUGGGGUUCAUCGGCUGCCUUGGCCUCGGGCUCAUCUUCGACGGAAAAAUCAAGGGUACCACCGCGACCAUCUCAGUCUUCUACGCCUUCAUGAACACGUGCAGUGGUCUCUUCGACGCCGCGUCGAUUGUGACGCUGGUGGAGCUGUUCCCACGAAACCGUGGUCCUGUGAUCGGGAUGGCCAAGGUGAUGACGGGCCUGGGCAGCUCCGUCAUCUCUUCCAUCAAUCGCGGCUUCUUCACGAACAACAUCAGCGGCUUUAUCUACCUCAUCAUGGUUCUCACGGUGGUUGUCGCGCUGAUGGCGAUACUUCUCAUUGCGCUGCCUCCGUACUUUGUGAACUGGUGGCGCGCCCGCAGCAAGACAGAGGAGCAGAUUGCCGCCCUGACGUCGCUGAAGGACAUCUACGCGAAGAAGUUCGUUCCGUUGCGCCGCAUUGCGUACGGCUACGUCAUCGUGGCCUGCCUCGUCAUUUUCUUUGCCAUCACGGCCCCGAUACUGGCGUACACAAAGGUGUCGCGCGGUGGCAAGGCGGUAAUCGGUGGCAUCACCGUGCUGCUGUGCAUGUCCUUCUGGGUGAUGGCGCUGCCGAUUCCCUGGCUUGGUGGUGUGAGCGAGCCGGCGGAGCAGCAGCGCAGCACCUUCGAUGACACCGAGGGCAACAAGCCCCUCAGCACUUUUCCCGUCAGCGACGACGAUGCGGCGCGCAAGCAGUCUCUUGUUGGUGUCGAGGCCGUCAUCGAGGAUGGUCCGCAGGACCCUCGCUAUGGUGGCACGAUCUGGGAGACGCUCAUGCGCCCUGAGAUUUGGCUCAUCCUCAUUGCGUUUGUCUGCCAGAGUGUCCUCGGCACGAUCGUUACGUACAACGGCAGCACCAUCUACGUCGCCCGCACAGGCCGCCCCCGUACCGCGGAGCUGGGCUCUCUCUACACGGCCCUCCUCGGUGUGGGCAGCGCCGUGGGUCGCAUCUCGAUGGGCCUGUUCGAGGCGUACGUGCAGCACCAGGACCCGAAGAACCGCAAGGUGCUUGUGACGAUCGCUCUGCCUGUUGCCCCGUUCAUUGCCACAAUCGCCGGUAUUCUGAUCCUUGUGCUUCCUGGAGACGCUCUCCUCCUUCCGUACAUCCUCGUCUAUUUCGAGGAGGGCGUCUUCAACGGCGUGCGCGCGCUCAUCUUCCCCUGCAUCUUCGCUGGUCACCACGGCAUCCUGUACAACAUGAGCUUCUUCACCAACGUCAUUGGCGUCAUCUGCUUCAAUCGCUUCCUCUUCGGCCUCACCGUAGACAAGGAGCGCGAAAAGAUGGGCCACACGGUGGAACAGGGCUGCACGUCUCAUGCGUGCGUUCAGACACCCAUUAUCGUCGUCACGUGCACGGCAGCCUUUGCGGUGGUGCUGGCAACCGUGGCGCACCUUCGCUAUGCUCGCUUCGUGGCGCAGUGCCGCAAGGCUUUGAAGGCAGCUGCUUAG